GGAAUGAAUCAGGUUUGGCCCUGAGGUUGGUGAAUGGAAGUGACCAGUGUCAGGGCCGCGUGGAGGUGCUGUACCGAGGCUCCUGGGGCACCGUGUGUGACGACGACUGGAACACCAUUGACGCCAACGUGGUGUGCAGGCAACUGGGCUGUGGCUGGGCCACAUCGGCCCCAGGAAGUGCCCGGUUUGGUCAGGGCUCAGGGCCCAUCGUGCUGGACAACGUGCGCUGCUCCGGGCAAGAUUCCUUCCUGUGGCGCUGCCCCCACAGCGGCUGGAACUCGCACAACUGUGGCCACGGGGAGGAUGCUGGUGUCAUCUGCUCAGCCUCACUCAGUACCCCUGAUACCACAGGACCCUCUUUAAGUUGUGGUGGCUUCUUAUUCAAUGCCAGCGGGACAUUUUCCAGCCCAUUCUACCCCGGAUACUACCCCAAUAAUGCUGACUGUGUCUGGGAAAUAGAAGUGAAGCCCGGCUAUCGCAUAAAUCUGGGAUUCAACAGUCUGCAGCUGGAGACGAACAAUAAUUGCAGUUUUGAUUAUGUUGAAGUCUCCGAUGGACCGCUGAAUAGCAGUAGCUUGCUGGGGAGAAUUUGUAAUCACACCAGGCACAUAUUCACCUCUUCUUACAACCGAAUGAUUGUUCGAUUUCGAAGUGACAUCAGUAUCCAAAACACCGGCUUUUCUGCUUGGUAUAACUCCUUCCCUGCAGGAAGCUCCUUUACAACACCGGCUCCAGCUCACAGCGUCACCCACCCGAACACAAAUUAUUCCUGUGGAGGCUUCCUGACCCAAUCAUCAGGGCACUUUUCCAGCCCGUUCUAUCCUGGGAACUAUCCAAACAAUGCCAGAUGCUUGUGGGACAUUGAGGUCCAAAACAACUACCAUGUGACUGUUGUCUUCAGAGAUGUCCAGCUUGAAAGUGGCUGUAACUACGACUAUAUUGAAGUAUUUGAUGGCCCCUACCACAGCUCCCCUCUGAUUGCCCGUGUUUGUGAUGGGGCCAGGGGCUCCUUUACUUCCUCUUCAAACUUCAUGUCCAUUCGCUUCGUCAGUGAUGGCAGCAUCACGAGGAGGGGCUUCCAGGUCAACUACUAUUCCAGUCCUUCCAAUGACAGCACCAAGCUGCUUUGUCUGCCAAACCACAUGCAAGCCACCGUGAGCAGGAGCUACCUCCAGUCCCUGGGCUACUCUGCCAAAGACCUUGUCAUUCCCAGCUGGAAUGAAAUCUACCAGUGUCAGCCCCAGAUAACGGCCAGCCAGGUGACAUUCACAAUUCCUUACUCAGGCUGUGGCACCAUCAAGCAGGUUGAUAAUGAUACCAUCACCUAUUCCAACUUCCUCAAAGCAGCUGCUCCAAAUGCCAUCAUCCAGAGGAAGAAGGACUUCCGCAUUCAUAUCAGCUGCAGAAUGCUCCAGAACACCUGGGUUGACACUAUGUACAUUGCUAAUGACACCAUCGAGGUCAAGGAAGUGCAGUACAGCAAUUUUGACGUGAACAUUUCCUUUUAUACAUCCUCUUCAUUUUUAUAUCCUGUGACCAGCAGCCCAUACUAUGUGGACCUGAACCAGAACUUGUACCUUCAAGCUGAGAUCCUCCAUUCUGACACCUCCUUGGCCUUGUUUGUGGAUACCUGUGUGGCAUCUCCAUAUUCCAAUGACUUUACAUCUUUGACUUAUGAUAUUAUCCGGAGUGGGUGUGCCAAGGACAGAACCUACCAGUCUUACUCUCAGCCGUCGCCUCGCAUUGUCCGCUUCAAAUUCAGUUCCUUCUACUUCCUGAAUCGCUUCCCCUCCGUGUACCUGAAGUGUAAAAUGGUGGUGUGCAGGGCAGACGACUCCUUCUCCCGCUGCCACAGAGGCUGCAUCGUGAGGUCCAAGAGGGACGUGGGCUCCUACCAGGAGAAGGUGGACGUCGUCCUGGGACCCAUUCAGCUUCAGGCCCCACACGCCGUGAAGAGGAGCCUGGGCUAGGUGGCCGCUCUCCCACCCCUAGGCCUGUGGCCCACGGGGACCCGGCAUGAUUCUGUCAGUGUUGUGUUCCACCUCAGAUCGGGCCCCCACCAUAUGCCGGGCCCUGCCGCACGACACUGGGCGAUGUAGAGUUUGCUAGACCUACUUCCCGCCUUCUUCCACGGGCUCCUGGCCUAUGGGGACCGUGUGUAGUGCUUGGCCAAGAGAGUUCUGACCUGUGACACCGAUACCUUUGUCCUCUGGGAUCUGAACUCCCAGAACCUCAUAUUCCUCCUCUGUAACACAAAAAUGUUAAUACUUACCUAUUAGGACUGUUAAGGAGGUGCAAUAAAAUGUUAGUUAAACUGC